AUCAAAAGACAUCAUCACGUCAAGAGGAGGAAAUCAUCUCAAAGGGGGGGCUACAGCGGUGUGACCAGUCAACUUGAGAAGAAAACUGUCAUCUCUGGAAAAAGGAAUAUCUAUUUUCUUACAUAUUUUGUUAUUUGACAAUUAUCUCCAAUUUUCCCAUGGUUUUUUUGCACUUAUUCGGAUCAUAAAUCAUCUGUUUGGGACAAUUUCAGCAUCCAAGUGGAACAUUUUGGAUUAUCCCCAGAGGUCGACCGUGUCCUUUACCAUCACAGGGAUCUACCUGCUUAUCCCCUCCACCUGGAACAACUUAGAUGAGCUCAAGCUGCUAAUAACCCCCUAAACAACAAGGCCUGUACUGACCACUGUGAAAACAACCUCUUGUGACCUCUGUCGGGUUUGUCUCUUUACAUGCAGCUGGCCUCCUCUGGAUUGACUGUCGAGUUUUGACCAGAUACACUGAACUUUCCUGCUCCUGCCUCUCACGUUUCUCUUCUGUCUCUGCGUUGCACAGUCGUGAGCCAUGGUGCUGCUGAAGGUUAAGUUCACCCAGCAGCGGCGGGUGCGUCUGGCCCAGGGCCUGUGGCUGCUCUCCUGGAUGGCAGUGAUGUGGGGGGCCAUCAUCUUCUGUCUGGGGGUUUACCUUAAGACAGAGCUGCUCCGUAGGGCUGAGGUGAUGGACAACACAGAGAUCCACGUGGUGCCCAACAUCCUGAUGAUGGUGGGCCUGGCCUCCAUCGGCACCAACUGGGUUGCCACCCGCGUGUGUCAAGACUCCCUGGACCCAGCCCGCUUCCCACGUUGGAAAGUUUUCCUGCUGGCUUGGUUUGCUGCAGCUGCAGUGAUCUGUUGUCUGCUCAUCAUUGUGGUGGUGCUCAGCUACGCACUGCAGGGACGCCUGGAGGAGUCACUAAAGGUGGGCCUCAGGAACGGUAUCCGGUUCUACAAGGACACAGACGUGCCGGGCCGCUGUUUCCAGAAAGAGACCAUUGAUCGUCUGCAGAUGGAGUUUCGCUGUUGUGGAAACAACAACUUCAAGGACUGGUUUGAAGUUCAGUGGAUCAGCAACAGAUACCUGGACUUCACCUCCAAGGAGGUCAAGGAUCGUAUCCGGAGUAAUGUGGACGGCCGUUACCUGUUGGAUGGCGUUCCUUUCAGCUGCUGUAACCCUGCCUCCCCUCGCCCCUGCCUGCGGUACCACCUGACAGACAACAACGCCCACUACAACUAUGAGUACCAAUCAGAGGAACUCAACCUGUACAGCCGUGGCUGCAGGCAGGCUCUGACUGACUACUACAUGGAGCUGAUGAACUCAACUGGUCCUGGUGUGCUGUCAGUCAUCCUAAUACAGCUGUCAGUGCUCCUGAGCCUGCGGUACCUGCAGACGGCCGUGGAAUCAGCCAUGGCUCUGGAGGACCCAGAGGGCGAGAGUGAGGGUUACAUCCUGGAGAAGGGUGUGAAGGAAACAUUCGAGGAUGUCAAAGCCAAAGCCCUCGCCAUGCUUAAGGCCGUACAGGUUGACCCCGGCACCACCGAAGGCACCGCUGAGGCUGCAGACACAGAGAAAGUCGCGACCCCUACUCCUGCCAGUUAGAGGGGGGAUAUCUUUACAUAUGAGCUGAGGAAGAAGGGAUGCAGGGGGGAGAUGUGUUUGAGGUUUCUUGGUGGUGUGAGUCAGCAGGUGGUGGUUACAACACCUGUUGAGUUUUGACACAUUAGACUUGAUUUAUGCUCCAUCCAAAGCAGCAGCCGCAGCUCCCUCGCACAUGGCCAAAACAGGGCAACAAAUAGGGAAUCUUAUCAGGCCCUGCACAGACACCAAAGCAAACUUCUCCUCUGUGUAGGACCUCACGGAUGUGUAACCAUCAGACAAUCUGUUGAGGAGAUGUGUAGUACCUUUUGUUGUAACUAGAAGAGAGUACAUUCAGUUUAAAGGGGUGUAGUGAUCUCACACACACACACACACACAGACACAUAUAUUUAAUGCUUUUUGACAUUUGGCUCAAAUUUGGCAAAUCACAUGACGCUGAGGUUCAUCCCAUGUGCACUAUAUUAUUCAUCUCACGGCUGUAGAGUUUGUACUAAACUGCAAUGAAAUGCUUAGGAACCUGUUAAAAUGUCACAUGAAUUAUAUAUUAAAGGUAGAAGUUUUUGACUGCUUUGUAGUGUCGGCUU